AUGGCACGUUUGGGAAGGGAAGCCACACAAGAUGAGUUUCUUUACGAUGAUCGUUGGACCAAAGAGGUUGACAACUUGUUCAUAGAACUCCUUGCAAAGGCACACCUUGCUCUUGAAUGGAGACAUGGCAGAUCAGGGUUGAAUGUAUUCGCCUCUGGUGUAUUGGUUGCAGAUCUCGGGGAAAACGUCACGGUCAUUGAACUCCAAGAAAGGUUUGAUUUCCUUCACAAGCGUUUCCGAGUCUUUAGUUGGAUGCUACAAAAACAUGGGUUGUGCCACUAUGUCCAGUCCAACGUCCUCACGUCUCCGGUAGCAGUGUGGGAUGAUAUCUUUGAGUCCGAACCAUUCUCGGUAGCAGACCAACAUUCUGGGGACCCGCGAUGGCCGGACAUACGAUAUUUGUUCACUGAGGUAUAUGAAGCCAGCGCAAAUCCACCGGAUGUAUUGGACCAAAAUUCUACUAACGAAAAUUAUGUAGCGGCCUUAUACGAACAGUCGUACGUGUUUGAGCUGAGUUCCCUCACCAAUGAACCACUACUAAAUGGUUCAAUCAGAAACAACGUUUGUCAACCAAGAUCUACACGAGAACGUCAGGAUUCAUCCGAAGGCUCAGUGAAUACACACACCCAUGUGAGCAUUCCAAGGCGGGGGAGUCGAACACCAUUGCAAUUGUUGCGACUUCCAUAA